AUGAUUGUUUGGGCAAAGUGUCUGGGUAAAAGUAACGUCUUCCCAUUAACAUUUCCCUGCAGAUGUAACGCCAAUCGGGCAAUUUUAUGCCGUACCAAACGACGAAUAUAUGGACGUACAUAUCCAGUUAGCUUAGUUUAUCCUAACGGUGGUUCGAUCCGUAUUAGAUUUCAUGAGCCUCGAAUAAUACUUCAGAUCCCUCCAGAUUUAAAUGACUGUUCUCCAGAAGAAAGACAGAAACGUCUUCUUAGACGCGCUCCUCAAUCAAGGUUGACUUUGCAAGAACAAAUAGAAGACACUUUUGACCAAGAAGCUUACAGUUUUCUCUUGAAGAAAAAUUGA